GGUGAGCGCGCGAGAUCUCCGGCGUCCCUUUCCCUCCGUCACCAUCAACCACGGUUGCUUCGCCCAGCCGCGAUGCCGCAGCCGCAGGCCGUCCAAAUCAUCAGCUUCACAGACCAGCCAGACGAGUGUGCAGAGCGAGCGCCAUGCCCGCAUAUGCACGGGACGAACCCAAGAUUCACGGCAUGUUAACCAUGUCGGAGAGGUGGCGCUGAGCCAUCACCCCUUCCGUCAUGCAAUGAGUCCUCCUCAAGAAACCCAACCGACGAUCAAUCCAUCGAGGUGUGACGCGCCAUCUCGCCGCUCGGUGGCUUCUUCUUCUUCUACCUUCUCCUCCCUCUUCCUGGCCAGCCAGUGCACGCCUUCUCAUUCAAUUCCCUGCUCACCUCGAUCGAGUAGCUGCUGCUGCUGUGCUAGCUUGCUCGCCGGCCGGUGAGGUCGACGAUGGAGCUGCACAGAUGCUCUCUCCUCGCUCUGCUCCUCGCCGUGACAUGCUCGGUUGCAGUGGCGUAUGAUCCGCUGGACCCGAAGGGGAACAUCACGAUAAAGUGGGACGUGAUAUCGUGGACGCCCGACGGGUACGUGGCGAUGGUGACGAUGAGCAACUACCAGAUGUACCGGCAGAUCCUGGCGCCCGGGUGGACAGUGGGGUGGUCGUGGGCCAAGAAGGAGGUCAUCUGGUCCAUCGUGGGGGCCCAGGCCACCGAGCAGGGCGACUGCUCCAAGUUCAAGGGCGGCAUCCCCCACAGCUGCAAGCGCACCCCGGCCAUCGUCGACCUCCUCCCCGGCGUCCCCUACAACCAGCAGAUCGCCAACUGCUGCAAGGCCGGCGUCGUCUCCGCCUACGGCCAGGACCCCGCCGGAUCCGUCUCCGCCUUCCAGGUCUCCGUCGGCCUCGCCGGCACCACCAACAAGACCGUCAAGCUACCCACCAACUUCACCCUCGCCGGCCCGGGACCCGGGUACACGUGUGGCCCGGCCACCAUCGUCCCUUCCACCGUCUACCUCACCCCGGACCGGCGCCGCCGCACCCAGGCGCUCAUGACGUGGACCGUCACCUGCACCUACUCCCAGCAGCUGGCGUCGCGCUACCCGACCUGCUGCGUCUCCUUCUCCUCCUUCUACAACAGCACCAUCGUGCCGUGCGCCAGGUGCGCCUGCGGGUGCGGCCACGACGGCUACCGCGGCAACGGCGGCGGCGGGAAGAACGCCCGCGCCGGCGACGGACGCAGCAGACGCAACAGCGGCGGCGGCGGAGGGCACAGCGGCGGCACCGAGUGCAUCAUGGGCGACUCGAAGCGGGCGCUGUCGGCGGGGGUGAACACGCCGCGCAAGGACGGGGCGCCGCUGCUGCAGUGCACGUCGCACAUGUGCCCGAUCCGCGUGCACUGGCACGUCAAGCUCAACUACAAGGACUACUGGCGCGCCAAGAUCGCCAUCACAAACUUCAACUACCGCAUGAACUACACCCAGUGGACGCUCGUCGCCCAGCACCCCAACCUCAACAACGUCACCGAGGUCUUCAGCUUCCAGUACAAGCCCCUCCUCCCCUACGGCAACAUCAACGACACCGGCAUGUUCUACGGGCUCAAGUUCUACAACGACCUGCUCAUGGAGGCAGGGCCGUUCGGCAACGUGCAGUCGGAGGUGCUGAUGCGAAAGGACUACAACACCUUCACCUUCAGCCAGGGCUGGGCGUUCCCGCGCAAGAUCUACUUCAACGGCGACGAGUGCAAGAUGCCGCCGCCGGACUCCUACCCCUACCUACCCAACUCCGCUCCGAUCGGGCCGCCGCGUUCCGUGGCCGCCGCCGCCUCGGCGAUCUUGGUGGUGCUCCUCCUGGUGGCAUGAUCAGAAAAAUGUCCCCUUUUGCUUUGUCUUCUUGAUAAUUCCCACAUGUUUGGAGAGCAGUGUAGGUAGGGGCAUUUUGGUCUAUUCAUACUGGAUAUUCAGUCAAAGAGGAAAUCUGUGAUAUUGUGUUAACUUUGAAAUUGCCUGAUAGAUCUCCAUAAUGUACAACACAAUCAGGCUGGAAGAGUUUUGGUCAGUCCCCAGUUAGGCCAGCCCUGAGAAAUCACACCACAAACUUUUCUGCAAAUUCUGUUGUGACUACAAAUAUGUAUGCAGGUAUUGACCUUGAAUUGAGAGGAAAAAAGAAACAAUUUCCACAUUUA